UGACGCCUCCUGAAGCGGAAGGAAGGAGGAGCGAUAUUAAAGGGUGCCAAUAUCUCUGACGCUUUCACCUUAAAGAUGAACUGUAUUUGUAUACGAUCUUUUAAGGAGUUUGGCCAGCUGUGUCUAUGUUUUUCUGUUUGCGACGAACACAGGCGACAAUCUGAGUAAAGUUGACUGAAUAUUUGUUACCUACGGUGGGUGGAUGGUGCGCAUCUCCUCGUGUGCAGCACACCGCACUCUGCAGCAACCAGACUGAUCACUGCAGCCUGCACUUGAAGCACAUUUCUGCACAAACCGAUGCCUUAUUUACUAUGGACUUCUCCUCGCCUGUGCCAGUGAUCUCUCAUGAGCAGCUGGUCAAAUAUGGCAGAUUCAUCAUCCAACAUUAUGAGCCACACAAAGAGGAUCUUACAAGUCUACAUCCAGUUUCAGACUAACAGUGUUAGCACCAUGCUCCAUGUUUUGGAAGUCUGCUACUCCUGGUUGACUGCAUUCUCACCAUAGUUCGUGGCCGACGGUCAGCAUGGAGGAGAGCAAGCUCAUCUUCAGCCUGGAUCGCCACGAUGAGGGUCCCACUGUGGCCUUCUCUAAAGACAAACCACAAGCCAGAGAGAGCUUGUGUCUGGGGAUCGAUUUGGACCUGAGCCAAGGCCAGCGCUCCCAGCCCCCCUUCCUGCCUCACUCCCCCUCCUCCCCAGGCUCCUUAGCUGAUCUGUCAGCAUUAUCAGCAGGUCUGCUCGUCACCACCAACUUGGUGAAAUCCUCCUCCACGGACUUGGAGCCGAGGGAGAGCAACUCUCUAAGAGGCAAACCACUCCUUAGCCUGGUCAAGUCCCUGAGCACAGAGAUCUCCCGUCGGGUUGAGCCAGAGGUUAACCUCUCCAAGUCUGACUCCAAACUGCACUUGCAUCCCUGGAAGCAGGUUACCCAGUCAAAGAUCCCAGAGGCAAGGCCUGAAGCAGGAGUACUUAAUGAGAAUGAUAACUGGAUGUCACCUCCUUCCACGGGCAGCAUGUCUCCCACUGAACCCCGGGGCAGCUCUCUGAUCGCUGAGCUGGAGGACACACGGAGGAAGUUCUCAGAGGCCAUGCAGGAUCCUCUGAGCAUGCUGAGUAAGAUCAUGGGGGAUGAAAGCUCUGGCAGCCCCAAGCAGGGGAGGUCUUGUGGUGUUGGAGACUCACCAGCCUCCCAGUGGAGCUGUGGAAGAGAGGGAAGCAGUGAAGAUGCGGACUUUAAGUGCCGGAGGAGGACUGAUGGUGAGCACAGAGGUGUGUGUGAGACUCCUCUGAGAAGACUCCAGAAGGGUUCAAUGAUAAAAUCCUCUGUCUCCCCAGAACGCCACACCCACAGCAGAGACAGCCAUUAUGAAAUUCGCACGUAUGGAGAUAUGAUUCAAGUGGUGGAACUCCAGAAUGGAUCCAGAGGGACACAUCACAAAACUUACACCCAGUCUCAAGGCACAGUCCCAGGCUCAUCGCUGCCUAUCCGCUGGCUCUUUCCUGUGGGUCUUCUAGCUUAUGGGUUCUUUGUGCUGCCCCUCCCCUCCUAUCUGACGGGUCUGUCUGUGGGGGUCGCAUGUGGCUUUUUGCUGGGUCUGGUGGUCGUAUUCAUGUUUGCUCCACGACGCUCAAACUCCAGAGGCAAGGGCAAGGGUGCUCAGUUCAAUUCCAGCAUGGGUCCACUUGAUGGAAAACACACAGAUCCAGAAAUCCUAGAGGGCUGGAUGAAUGAGACGCACAGCUACGACCCUGAGACUUUCCAUCCCUCCAUCACGCACUCUGUCUAUGUCACACUGGAGGGCAGCCGGCUGCACCUGUCAUACCCGCGCACCAACAUCCCUCGGUGGGCGGCAUUUGAUGAGAUGCACCGCGAGGCCAUCUUUUUGCAUUCACGGACUUAUCAGCUGGCUAACUGUAAGGUGUCUUUGUUGCCUCCUGGUUUGGCUCGCAAGAGGGUGUGGAACAAGAAAUAUCCCAUCUGCAUCACUCUGGCUGAGGGGGAGGUAGAGGAGGAGAAUCUGGUUGAAGGGCAGGAGGAAGAAGAAAGGGCAGAGAGGUACACCAUCCUGGACCACCAGCUUCCUGUCACCCUCUACCUGUUUGGCCGCACAGGAAGAGAGAAGGAGGAGUGGUUCCAGCACUUCCUAUCUGCUUCCAGGACCGGUGCCAAGGGCAGUGUGAGCGGUGAGGAGAACACAGAAACACCAUCAGGUGGAGAUCCAGUUAAAGAGAGCACAGAGGAGCAGCAGGAUUUGCCAGGAGCCACAAAAACAAGAACGCUCGUGGACUACAGCACCUACAUGACUCAAAUGAUUGGCUCAGAGAGUUGCAAUGCCACUCCCAGUCCCUGCCACAGUGACAAGGGAAGCCCCACGACCCACAAGAAGAUUCUCAAUGAAGAGCACAGCUCUGGAGGUCAAGCUGGAGCGGAGUCCAGUGCAGGUUCAGGAGCAGGGGCAUGCUCCGUAGAGGGCCAGCCCACUUGGGUGAACUCCCUAGUGGGAAGGAUCUUCUGGGACUUUCUGCGGGAGAAGUACUGGACCGAUCAGGUGGCGGACAAGAUCCAGAAGAAACUCAGCAAGAUCAAGUUGCCAUACUUCAUGAAUGAGCUGACUCUGGCGGAUCUGGACAUGGGCACCUGCCUACCUCAGGUCCUUAACACCUCCAAACCUACACUGGACCGCAGAGGUACAGUAGGCCUGUGGCUGGAAAUGGAGUUGAUGUACACAGGUUGCCUUCAGAUGACCCUGGAGACUAAGAUGAACCUGUGUAAGCUGGGUAAAGAGGGAGAGGACGAGGCUCACAAUGUCCCAGAGACGCAACAAGUGGGCUCUAAGCCCAGGCUGUGUAUACUGGCUGACAGUGAUGAAGAGUCAUCGAGCGCAGGCUCGUCUGAUGAAGAGGAAGUCCCCCUAUCUGAGUCCCAGGGAUCUGUGGGAGACAAGAGCACAGUAGUAGCAACUGAUGGGCACACUGGCGGCAGCACUAGUAGGAAAAUCCUGAGAUUUGUGGACAAGAUAGCAAAGUCCAAAUACUUCCAGAAGGCCACAGAGAACGAGUACAUCAGGAAGAAGAUCGCUGAGGUGUCCAACAUGCCUCUGAUGCUCAGCGUAGAGGUCCUGGAGCUCUCUGGUACUCUGGCCAUCAACAUCCCACCUCCUCCUACUGACAGGAUAUGGUACAGUUUCCGGGUGCCUCCCAGGUUAGACCUUCAUGUGCGUCCCAUGCUGGGAGAGAGGGAGGUCACCUUCACCCAUGUCACUGAGUGGAUCGAGAAAAAACUGCAGUGUGAGUUCCAGAAAGUGUUUGUCAUGCCCAAUAUGGAUGAUCUAUAUCUGCCCCUGAUGACAUCUGGCCUGGAAAACCCACCUGCAUCCCACCACUCUUCAGUCCAAUCCACAUCCCAACAAUCCUCCAUGGAGUCCCAGGAGUACAUGUCAGAAUAAUGCCCCCUUGAGGGAACAGAUGGGACAUUCCUGAUGCAAAAAAUGCCAUUGUACAGCUAUUGCCAUGAAUCUCUAAUGGAUUCUGAGGCUGCUGCAGCUGGGUACUGGCUUGGUGUUUAUCCUGAGUGUGUUCAUUAACCAGUGCAGGAUAGAUGCCUCCUGAUGGCACACUGAACAUGGUAUUGACCUCGAGACUGUGACAAUGGUGCUACAGUGCCCCCUACUGUGAAGAUAAUUUAACUGUGACUAACACCCUCACCGGUGAGAGCACAUAGUCCACUGAAUUUGCAAAAGGCAACAUUUUUUUAAAGCUGAUGCUGAAAUAGAUGCAAGACUGAAAGAAACUGGUUGUCUCUUUACUGCACAAAAACAAGGUGUUGGUUACAGUUUUGAAACAGCGCAGAUUGAACAACAAACUAUCCACCCAUCAAUUUUCUAAUCUUCUGAUUCAGUUAAGGGUUGUGAGGCUGAAGAAACUAGAAACGGAAAAACGUAGAAAUAAUAACCCGAUAAGUACUUGGUUCUGUUCAGCCAAGCUGCCAUGGUGCAUGUUAUUCCUGAACAGUGUU